AUGACUGAGGGAAUGGAAGAUAUCAGUACUGGGACGGUGUCCCCUACCGGUUCAACUGUUGAUACCGGACAAGUCCCUGACGAGAAAGCAGAGGAGACUGGGGCAGCGGAUGAGGCAGAAGAGGGGAUUGAUGAGGGAAAUGUGCAGGAAGGCGCCUCUGGACAAGACGAGGAGCAGGCAGAAGAGCAGGAGGGAGCCCUGGCCUUGCCGGUCACUUGCUGUGUGUGCAUACAAAGGGACCAGAUUAACAACUGCCUUCACUCUGAGAAAAUCUGCCUUCUGCCCAUCCUGGCAUGUCUGCUUAGCCUAGCCCUCUGUACAGCCGGCCUGAAGUGGGUUUUUGUGGAUAAGAUUUUUGAGUAUGAGCCUCCCACACAUUUGGACCCUAAACGUAUCGGACAAGACCCUUUCGUCAUAUCAGCUGAUCCCACCCUGGGAUUCACUUUGCCCCCUCCACACUUGCCUUGGUCCACACACUCUCCUUCCAGUGCCUUCACCGUCACCUCUGGACGUCCUGAAGUGUUGGUGGAGGACAAAUCUACACAGCGGCCGCUUGUGCCUCUCUCUCCUAAAGUGACUCAGAGUGACUCCUCAGUGACACUGAAAUAUAAUGCUGAAAAAACCACCCCUGGAAGGCAGACCCCCAUGGCCCACACCACACAGGGGUUAAACAGCAACGACAUCCCGACUAUAUCCGCCACCAGCACUACCACAACUUUAAAGACCUCCAGUCAUGUGACCCGCUGCAGCGACAGCCAGAAAAACUACUGCGUGAAUGGAGGCGAAUGCUUCACCCUCGAAAUCAUGCCGGGCAGCACCAAGUUCCUCUGCAGGUGUCCCAAUGAAUUCACUGGUGAUCGAUGCCAAAACUAUGUGAUGGCCAGCUUUUACAAGGCAGAGGAGCUGUAUCAGAAACGUAUUUUAACUAUUACAGGGAUCUGCAUUGCCCUCCUGGUAGUUGGAAUCAUGUGUGUGGUUGCCUACUGCAGAACAAAGAAGGAGAGGAAGAAGCUCCAUGAUCGCCUGAAGCAGAGUCUCAGGAGAAAAAGAAAGAGCUCAAGCAGAGGACGGCCUCAGCUGGCUCUACAGAACCUGCCAAAUAAGAACAACACAGAGGCCGUCGAGACUGCAGCAGAGAAGGACGCGGAAACAUCUGUCUCCACAAGUAAAUGUGCCUCGUCUGCAGUUGAGCCCACUGCUCUCACACACAUCAGCCAAAGGUAUGUAUUCGCUGCAUCGUCACCUGUUACCCCGGGAUCUCCCCCCUCAGAGAUGUCUGCUCCUCUGUCCAGCCUGGCCAUCUCUGUCCCUUCAGUGGCUCUUAGCCCCUCUACUGAAGACGAAAGACCCCUGCUGCUGUCACAUGCACGACAGCACAAUGUUUUAAGCCACAACCAACAGAAGAGGAGCUCUGCCCACUACAACCACGGACUCGACGCUCUCAGCCUCCCUUCUAGUCCGCAGCUUUUGAGGGAGCACAGCAACUAUAAUUCUACCAGUGAACAUAACCCCACCGCUGCCAGCUACAAGGAGAUAUCCGAGAAGUUACUUCAGACAAACAACAACAUACAUGAAUACAACUAUAAAGACGCCACAGUGGCCAACGGGCCUGCCCCGCACUACUCUCACAGUGACGCGCAUGAGAGCGAGAUGCAGGAGUUGCACCGGGAGCAUAUAUCUACACUCCUCAAUGGACAGAACAUGUCUUUGAAGAUGGAACUGGAUGUGAGCGGAGUGUCCAGGACACAUGUUGGCCCGUCAGCUGAAGGUAAAGCCACAUUAAAGCCCGAGGUUGAAAGGCCUCGCUGCGCCAGCACCCCUUGCUCUCCCAUCAGAGGGACCGUAGCAGGAUAUCAGAUCCUCCACAUGGACUCUAACUAUCUGGUGGGUUUCACCACGGGUGAGGAGCUGCUUCAACUGGCCCACUCAUGGUCUGACAGCUCUCCAGAUAAAGGCUCUGUGUUAGAGGCUUUGCCAAGCCCUCUCCCCAGCCCUGUCCCCAAGUCCCUACCCCUGGGAAUACAUCACACUUCCCGAAUAUUUAAAGCCAAAAAUCGUUACUACCAGCCAUAUAACAUUCCUGCCGUCAGUGGGAGGAGGCGGCGCCGCAUGCCCAGCUCAAGUGAAACUCUGCUCAAGUCUCUGGGCCCUGGGGACGCAGUCAGGACCCUACACACCCCACUGCCCCUCUGUCUGCUCAAGGGUAACAGGGCCCAGUCCAAGUCACUGGACUACCUGAAUCUGGACAAGAUGACAAUAAAGGAGUCCACGGACACUGAGGUCCUACAGUACCAGCUGCAGCACCUCACACUGCGGGGAGAGCGUGUGUUUUCUAGGAACAAGACAUGA